AUGCUCGACGAGUUUCUAGAACGAGCAGGAACCACUUGGCUAUUCUUGCGUGCGACAGGGAAAAAUAGAAGAUUUAUUGGUGCCCGCUCGAGUCAUUUGACGAUCAAAGAGCAGACGAUGGGAAUAACUGCUGAUGUUAGAGGUGAUGACAGUGGUGCUGGUAGUGUGCGUGCCACAACCGGAGUUCGCUGCCUUGAUUUGUGA